UUGAUUUCUCUUAUUUUUGGUUCACUCUUCUUAUACUUUUCCUGGGGAACUGUGGGGUUUUGUUUUAUUUUAUCUAGAUUAGUUAGAAUAAGAUUACUUCAGCAGAAUUUUUCUAGUAGAAUAAACAUAUAUUUUUCUUUAAAUUAUUUUUCGGUUUUAAUAAUUUUUCUGUCUUGUAUUUUAUGUCUCUUAGCAUUAGUAUCUACGCCUUAUGAAAAAGUUGCCUCCUCUUAUUCUAUCUGUUUAUUAGUUUUGUGUGGUGUUUUAUCUUUAGCCUUUUCUAUAUCUAACAUUAUUUUGUUUUAUAUUUUUUUUGAGGCUUCUUUAAUCCCUACUCUGAUGCUAAUUAUUGGAUGAGGUUAUCAGCCUGAACGGCUCCAAGCUGGAAGUUAUAUGAUAUUGUAUACUGUAGGUGCUUCUUUACCGUUGCUGGUCGUAUUAAUUUGAUGGUGUGUAGAAAAUGGUAGAAUGAGAAUCCUAAUAUUAAAAAAUAUAGGAUUCUCUUUUCCUAUUUUCUUAACUGUAGUAAUUUACGGAGCUUUUCUGGUAAAACUUCCUAUGUAUUCCUUCCAUCUUUGACUUCCAAAAGCUCAUGUGGAGGCUCCAUUAGCUGGUUCAAUAAUUUUGGCAGGAAUUCUUCUGAAGCUAGGAGGAUAUGGUAUUUUUGUAAUAAAUAAUAGAUUUUGUAUGAGUCCAAACAGGGUGAGUUUAGUUAUUAUUAGACUUAGCAUGUGAGGUGGUUUCUUGGCUACGAUAAUGUGUCUUCGACAGGUAGAUGUAAAAGCUUUGGUAGCUUAUUCUUCUGUUGGUCAUAUAAGUAUUGUUUCAUCGGGUUUAAUUUUAGAUCAGACCUGAGGUGUUACAAGUGCACUUAUUACUAUGUUAGCUCAUGGAGCUUCUUCAUCUGCUCUUUUUUGUCUUGCUUAUUUCUCUUAUACUAAAAGACAUACCCGUAACAUUCCUUAUAUGAAAGGAAUACUUCAAAUAUAUCCCAUUUUAAGUUUUGCGUGAUUUGUGUUUUGUUGUAUUAAUAUAGCGGCUCCUCCUACGCUAAAUUUAGUAGGAGAGCUUCUAGUUUCCUCCGUUCUUUGAAAUUAUAGUUAUUUAUUAGCAGUGGUUAUAGGUCUAAUGGUAUUUUUUAGAGCUAGUUAUAAUAUAUAUUUAUAUAGAAGUAUUAACCAUGGAUUUCACUCAAAUUAUUUGACUGGUGGAACAGAACUUAAAAGUUUCGAGAAGCUUUCUCUAUUUUUACAUUUGAUGCCAUUAUUAUUACUAUUUAAAGGAACAUUAUUUAUCUUAUAG